AUGUCUUCUGCCAGCAGUCUCCUCUCUGAAGAUCAGUUUCUGUGCUCCAUCUGUCUGGAUGUGUUCACUCAUCCAGUCACCAUACCAUGUGGACACAACUUCUGCAAGAACUGUAUCACAGAACAUUGGAAUACUAAUGUCAAAAAUGAUUGUCCCCUGUGUAAAAAGGUUUUUAACACAAGACCUGAACUGCACAUCAACACAUUCAUAUCUCAGAUGGCUGCUCAGUUCAGACAGUUCGUUCAAAAGAAAACCAGUAGCUGCUCAGAGCAACAACAAGCAACGAGAGGAGAAAUUCUUUGUGAUUUCUGCACUGAAACCAAACUGAAGGCCCUGAAGUCCUGCGUGGUGUGUCUCACCUCCUACUGUGAGACUCACCUGGAGCCUCAUCAGAGGAUCCCAGGCCUGAAAAGACACAAGCUGAUUGAUCCUGUGAAAAACCUGGAAAACAGAAUGUGUAAGAAGCAUGAUCGACCUCUGGAGCUGUUCUGCAAGACUGAUCAGAUGUGUGUGUGUCUUUUCUGCACUGAGACAGAUCACAAGGGACAUCGCAUUGUUCCUUUGAUAGAAGAAUAUGAAGAGAAGAAGGCUGGACUGGAAAAGCAAGAGGGUGAAGUUCAGCAGAUGCUCCAAGAGAGACAACUGAAGAUUGAGCAGCUCAAACAGUCAGUGAAGCUCAGCAAGGAAGAUGCAAACAGAGAGACAGCAGCCAGUGUGCAGGUCUUCAAUGAUCUGAUAAAGUCUGUUGAGAAAAGUCUGGCUCAGCUCAUUGAGAUGAUUGAAGAGAACCAGAAAAGAACAGAGAAACAGGCUGAAGGCUUAAUCAAAAAACUGGAAGGGGAAAUCUCUGUGCUGAUGAAGAGAAGUGCUGAAGUGAAGCAGCUCUCACACACUGAAGACCACCUCCAGUUCCUCCAAAGUUUCCCAUCCCUGACCCCUGUUCCUUGCACCAUAUACCGGAUAGACACCAGCAUUCACUCAUCAUUUAAAGAGACUGUGAGGAGAGCUGUGAAUCAGCUGGAGGAGACACUCACUAAAAGGAUAAAGAACAUGUGUGCUGCUGUUGAGCUGAAAAAGAUCCAGCAGUUUGCAGUGGAUGUGACUCUUGAUCCUGAUACAGCACAUCCUAAUCUCAUCCUGUCUGAUGACCGGAAACAAGUCAGUCAUGGUGAUGUAAAACAGAAUCUUCCAGACAAACCAGAAAGGUUUUUUCCUAGUACGGUCGUUUUAGGAAAGCAAAGUUUCUCUUCAGGAAAAUUUUACUAUGAAGUUCAAGUUAAAAACAAGAUUGAUUGGACUUUAGGAGUGGUUAGAGGGUCGAUUAACAGGAAGAGAAACAUUGACCCACGCCCUGAAAAUGGGUUCUGGACUAUAGGUCUGAGAAGUGGAUAUAAGUAUAUGGCCUUAGGUAACAACCAUGAUCGUCUCUAUCUACAGUCAAGCCCUCAGAAGGUGGGGGUGUUUGUGGAUUAUGAAGAGGGUCUGGUCUCUUUUUAUGAUGUAGACACUGAAGCUCUUAUCUACUCCUUUACUGGAUGUAAAUUAACGGAAAACCUCUGCCUGAUCUUUGAUCCUCUUACUAAUGUUCAUGGGGAUAAAGACUCCGUGCCCCUGAUCAUCUCUCCCGUCAAUCACACUGAUUAG